AUGCGGCUUGUAGCCGUUGACUGGAAGUCGGAGGUCGCCGUGAUCCAAGUCAUCCUCCUCAAUGACCCCACGUCGCCCGACUUUGCUUCUGUUCUCAUCUUCAUCACCAUCCUCGCCCCCGGCCUCGCUAUCGCCCCCGUCCUCGACCUCGACCUCGACCUCGACCUCGACCUCGAGCUUGAUCUCCCUAGGCACCUGAUAUGA